GCUUCCCCUCCACUUUCCACCUCAAUCUCCUCCUUCCCUUCCCUUCUCUUCCCUUUCCUUCUUCUUUCCUCUCUCUUUAUGCUUUCCUAGCUCAAGCUUGCACAUAACCAUUUUUUUUUUUAAUUUCUUAAUAGAGUGACAUACAAGAAUUCCAUCAUUACAUGUCCUUUGCACUCUAAUUUUAAUUUCACCUUUGCUUCCUUAUAUGUCCCAAAACAGGACACCAACCAUCAAUAGAUUUUUUCUUUUUCCCGUUUUUCCAAGCAAAUUGUCACUACUUUCUUGAUUCUUUGUUCUGACUUCAAUCGUUCUUCUGGGUCCCCAACUUUUCUUAGAAUCACUCUAAUUUUUCCUCUCUUGUUCAUUCUGAUGGAAAAGGGAAAGCAUUUUUUGAGUAAGGGAGCCAACAAUUCAGCAGCAGCAGAAGUACCCAUUUGGAAUUCUUGCAGUUUUGGAAUGGAGAUGCAAUCCAAUAAGCUUAAUUGUUUCUCAGACCAACUUCCCAAUUGCUUUUUCAAUCCCAAUUGGGAUAGCUCAAUGGAUCAGAGCGAUCCCUUUGAGUCUGCUUUGAGCUCCAUUGUCUCUUCUCCUGUAACAACAUCCAAUGCCAUUCCUUCUAGUUGUGGUGUUGGUGACCCUGUUAUGAUUAGAGAAGUCAUUGGAAGAUUAGGGAACAUUUGUAAUUCUGGAGAAAUUUCUUAUAUUAACAAUAACCCUAGUACUAAUACUUCAUGUUAUGGUACUCCUCUGAGUUCUCCUCCAAAAUUGAAUAAUCCAACAAUGGACUCAAAGAUCGCAGGGAAUCUGCCAAUUCUUGGAAAAGGUAUUCCAGAACAUCCAAGUUUAGCAUCAUUUCCGGCUGACCCCGGAUUUGUAGAGAGGGCUGCGAGGUUUUCCUGCUUUGGUAACGGGAAUCUUGUGGGCCUUAACGACAAAUUUAGAUUGAACGAAUCUGAAUUGUCUCAUAGGUUGAUGCCUAGACUUGAACCAGGGAGAGUUUCUAGUAAUCUCUCAGUGAAGGCACUUGGACCUCAGGCGAAUGUCAAUGUUGAUGGGAAUUCAAAUUCUGAUAAGAAAUUCAGUAGGUUGUCGAGGUCCUCAACACCAGAAAAUGCAGAAUUUGGAGAUUCAAGAGAAGAAUCUUCUGUUUCUGAGCAGAUCCCAGGUGGAGAAUUGAGCAUGAAAGGCCAGAAGGAUUGUUAUUCAAGAAAAAGGAAAGCAAUUCCCAGGGGAAAAGCCAAAGAAACUCUCUCUUCCUCUCUUUCUACUUCUGAUUCCAAGGUUGUAGGAGACAAGGAUGAAACGAACGCUAAAAGAAGCAAAUCAGAGGAAACAAAUGGGAAAGAAAAGGAUGUAAUUAAGGCCAAAGAAGAACAAAACUCAAACCAGAAACAGAAUAAGGAUAAUGAAAAGCCACUGGAGCCACCCAAGGAUUAUAUCCAUGUCAGAGCCAGGAGGGGUCAGGCGACAGAUAGCCACAGCUUAGCUGAAAGAGUCCGGCGAGAGAAAAUCAGUGAAAGAAUGAAAUUUCUUCAAGAUCUCGUUCCUGGUUGCAACAAGGUGACAGGAAAGGCAGUAAUGCUUGAUGAGAUUAUAAACUAUGUGCAGUCAUUGCAGCGCCAGGUUGAGUUUCUAUCAAUGAAGUUGGCAACUGUGAAUCCAAGAAUGGACAUUAACAUGGAAUCUCUUCUAUCCAAGGAGAUUUUUCAAUCUCGCGGAUCUCUGUCGCAUAAUCUUUAUCCAAUGGAGAACUCAGCAGGACUAUCAUUCCCUUAUGUUUACCAGUCCCAGCAAGGGAUAGCCCUGCCUAAUGGCAUGUUUAGUAAUGGAGAAACUCAAUUCUCAGUGAACCCUUUAAAUGUUGUUCUGAAGCAAAAUCAAUGCAGGCAGUUGCCUGCACUUAAUGAACUUGGAGAUGCAGCUUGGCAGGUUUCCACAUUCUGGGAAGAUGAUCUCCAGAGUGUUGUGCAGAUGGGAUUUGGACAGAAUCAGCAGCAGCAGCAAGACUUUCAUGCAGGUCCAAAUAUGCCUGGAGGUCAGAUGAAGGUUGAGCUAUGAUGAUUGCUGGUCAUUGAGGCCCAGAAGAAACAGCCUUUGUAUAUACAUCCAAGUUCUGGUUUGGAUAACUAUUUAAAGAUUUGGAGGAGAAAAAUAGAUUUUUUUUUCCCAUUUAAUAUAUAUCUGUGUGUGAUUGAUGCAGCUAAUUCUUUGGUGAAGAAAGAAUCACAUUGUAAAAUACAAAGAUAACUGGAAGCAUUGUUGUGACAUUUCUAUAAGAAAAGCCCACAUUUCACUUUA